AUGGGUAUUGUAAUGGAUGAGGCAGGUAUGGAGGUCCCCUGUCCGCAGCUGUCCCAGAGCUGUGAGCUAUCCAUGUCCUGUUGUGCAAACGGAGAGUCAGUGUGCGACGCCAAGGCCCUCCAAGUCAGUGGUGUCCGAGUUCAGCUCGAGAUGCAUACACUUUGGCAGCAGUUCGACCAGCUUAGCACAGAGAUGAUUGUUACAAAAGCUGGAAGGAGGAUGUUUCCUACGUUCCAGGUGCAAAUCUCUGGGAUGGAUCCUGCUGCUGAAUACGUCCUCCUCAUGGACUUUAUCCCUGUUGAUAAUAAAAGAUACAGAUAUGCUUUCCACAGCUCCUCCUGGUUGGUGGCAGGGCGAGCGGAUGUGGUAGCCCCAAGCAGGAUGCAUUUCCACCCAGACUCGCCUGCCUGCGGAGCCCAGUGGAUGAAGCAGACUGUAUCCUUCGACACACUCAAGCUCACCAACAACUUGCUGGACGAUAACGGGCAUAUGAUAUUGAACUCCAUGCAUCGCUACCAGCCGCGCUUCCAUGUGGUGUAUGUGGAUCCUGCUCCCAACAGUCACUUGAAUGCAUACAGGAACUUCUGCUCCUUCUCCUUUCCAGAGACACGCUUUAUGGCCGUCACUGCCUAUCAAAACCACCGGAUCACCCAGCUCAAAAUUGCUAGCAACCCAUUUGCUAAAGGCUUCAGGACUACAGACACCCAGGACCGGGUUGGUCAUUCUGGACUCCUGGUAGCGUGGUGCCCACCAGAGGGCAGAGCUGAACACCUCAGUGCCAAACAUGGAGAGCAGAGAAGAAAGGGCUCAGACACUUCAUCAUCCAGAGCGGAGGACCCAGCCCUGUUGCUAGAGGAGCAGUGUGGACUGUUACAUCACUUCAAAGACUCGGUGGGACUCAGCAUGGAGAGAAAAGAUGGGGAGAGUAUAUUAACACCGGCUUCCUUUCUCCCUAUUUCUAACUACUGGGAUUGUGCAGGAUCAUCACAAGAGAGAGGCGGACAGCUGUAAAGAAAGAAGAGCAAAGUGACAUUAUUUAUCUUUCACACCAUUAAUCUGGGUGUUACAAGAAAUGUACAAAGAAUAUGAUUGUUACAAAAUGAUUAAAUUGGGAUUGUUCAGGUGCUCCAUCAAACUAUGUCCUUAGCAAUAUGACAAAGAAGCUGCAUCGACUCCAUGUACUAUAAGAUAAACCAAAGCAUACAAAAAGAGGUCGCACCAGAGUACAACAUUGCAUGCCAAUACACUUUAUUACGCCUCGUCUGGUUUUAUAUCCCAAAUAAGCACCAUGCACACUGGAUUAAAGGACCUAGCAAUGACUCUGAUUAAACAGUAUGUGAUACCUUGAUUCCAAAAGUUACACAAGGAUGGAAAAUACAUUACCCAGAAUGCUGCUGUGUGAUCGUGUUUCAAGAGUCAUGAGACAACAGCGAUUUUGCCUUCAAAGUAAAACACAUUAUUUAUAAUUCCUUUACACACACCACACAUAGGCAGAGGCACUGCUACUCAACAGGCAAGGCAAGGCAACUGCUGGGGCCCCAGACCAAUAGGGGGCCCCUAAGGGCUGACAAACUUUAAACUGCAGUACAGCAGUGGCUCAAAAUGUGCAAAUUUACAAUGCGAUAGAAAAGUGCUGGCAGUGUCGACACUGUCGAUUGCAUUUUUGCUGUUAAAACACUAGAGAUUUAUUCUACUCUAUUAAAGGCGGGCCUUUAUAUCAAAUUAACUCUGUCUGAGAAUGUGAAGUGCUUAUGUUUUAACCAAUACACUGCCCUAUUUAAGUUACUGAAAAUGUACCAUAACUGCUGCCAUCUGCUGUUACUUGCUACUGUACUAAUUCUGAUAGUUUUUUUUAACCAUAAUUAAAAUUGUUAUGAAUGUUGUUGGUAUUAUGUGUAAGGCUGCACAAAGCUUUAGUAAACGCACCAUUGCAUUUCUUAUUGAAAUAGCAAAAAAAUAUAAAUACAAAUGCAUUAAAAAUUUAAGGAAGCAGCGACAACUGUAAGGUUUUCAAAUUAAAUAUUUUGAACUGAA